AUGGUCACAGCAUGCGCUCAAAUUCUCACUGAGGAUCGCAGGGACAUAAUCUGGAUCACCUGCCAAAUUCCUGGGAAAUUUGAGGACAUAUUCUGGAUCACCUGCCAAACUCCGGGAAAAUUUGAAGAUCAGAGUUCAACACGCAGCAAAUUAAUUGGUGGCUUCUCUCCUGGUGUUGGAAUGGAUGGCUCAGAUUGUCUGACUGAAACUCUUUGCCCACCACCCUCGUUGGACAUGGCCCCCUGUGACGGCCUCAUUGUCCUCAAUAAGUCCUUCUCAGAAGACCCAUCUGCCCUUGUUGGGGCGACUCUCUCUCCAUCCACCUGGCGCUUGGUUCUCCCUCCCUCCAACAAAUGCGCCAAGGGGACCAAAUGUUAG